ACAAACUCUCUCCUUUUUUUUUUGCCUUCUUUUAAGAAAACGUUUAGAAAGUUUUUUUGUUUGAAUACAUUCGUUUGAUAAUUAUGAAGUUAACUUUCUUAGCUGCUCUCGCUGCUUCCGUUUCAUCGGUUGUCGCUAUUGGUGAUCUUGCCUUUAACCUCGGUGUCAAGGAUAACCAAGGUAACUGUAAGUCUGCCAAAGAGUACCAAUCCGACUUUUCCAACUUGGGUUCUUACUCCAAGACCAUCAAGACCUAUGCUGUUUCUGAUUGUAACACUUUACAAAUUUUAGGUCCAGCUGCUGAAGAAGCUGGCUUCCAAAUCAUGCUUGGUAUUUGGCCAACUGAUGAGGCUCAUUUCGAGGCUGAAAAGCAAGCUUUGACUGAUUAUCUUCCAAACAUUUCGGUUGAUACCAUCAAGGUUUUCACCGUUGGAUCUGAAGCUCUUUACAGAGAUGAUUUGUCUGCUUCUGAUUUGGCUGAUAAGAUCGAUGAAGUCAAGACUUUGUUGAAGGGAAUUAAGGAUAAGAACGGUAACUCUUACUCCUCUGUCCAAGUUGGUUUUGUUGACUCUUGGAACGUUCUUGUUGACGGUGCUGCUCAACCAGCCAUUAAGGCUGCUGACUUUGCCUUUGCCAACGGUUUCUCUUACUGGCAAGGACAAACCAACGCCAACGCUUCUUACUCCUUCUUCGAUGACAUCAUGCAAGCCUUGCAAGUCAUCCAAACCACCAAGGGCUCCACCGAUAUUACCUUCUGGGUUGGUGAAACUGGUUGGCCAACAGCUGGUACCAACUUUGAAUCUGCUGAUCCAUCUGUUGACAACGCUGCUAACUACUGGCAAAAUGCUAUUUGUGCCAUGAGAGGUUGGGGUGUUAACGUUGCUGUUUUCGAAGCUUUUGAUGAACCUUGGAAGCCUGAAACUUCUGGUACUGGUGAUGUUGAAAAGCAUUGGGGUAUUUUUGAUCAAAACAACAAGUUGAAGUACUCUUUGGAUUGUAAGUUCUAAGAUUACUUUGAUAUUGUUAAAUAGAGUUUGUUUGAUCACAAACUUUAUCCCCUCCACCUCCUUGUAUACCCACUUAUUGUUCACGAAAAGUCUUACGCUAUAUAAUUAUUUAUAGCUGAUAAAAAGAAUUAUUAUGAUACACUGUUAUUAA